GCCGUGCCCGUGACGGCGGGCUAGGCGUUUCCGGGUUGAGCGGUGCUGGCGCAGGCACUGCCCGGCCUCCACUGCCGGCGGGGGGACGGCGGGCGCCAUGGACGUGGCGCAGCCCAAGCAGGAGCACCUGCUGGCCCUCAAAGGUCCUGUUUUCCACUGAUCUUUGCAGCACGGGGGAAGGAAAUUCUUGUAAAUAAGAUGUGUCAGUCUAGAUUUCUGAAUCCUAAUCAAGAGACUGUUCCUUUUAUUAAGAGUAAGUGGUUUUCUACUGUACAAACAUGGAAGUGGUCUUGCAUUAUCGACCACAUCACAGAGAUCUAAUAGAACUGCAGAAAAUUGCAGAAGCGGCAGUGAAGGACUUUCCUAUUCGUCAGUUACCAAGAUUUACACCCUGGUUCCCAAGUGACUUGUGCAGACUUCCCCUCAAACCAAAAAAGCAACCACCUGUUAUUUCUUCUGAGGAAGCAGAAGAAUUAAAACAACUUUCUUCGCCUUCAGAAUACAUUGUAGGAUCUCCUAAUUAUGAUUGCACAAAAAGUCUUCCUGAGUUUCAGUCUAACACAAAUCAUGGGCAGACCUUAAUCCAAACACAAAAUGUUCACAGACCAGUUAACUUGGAGAAUCAAGGAGAACCACCACCUAAUGGAAAAGAAAAAUUAAAAAGGUCUUGGAGUGCCUCUGUCCAUAGCCCUAAGCUUAAAGAAAAGAUUCUUCCUUUAUCUCGAGAACUGCAAAACAGUUUGGAAAGACUAAAACUGCAUGCAUUUUAUAGAGCAAAGUGGACAAUCGAACAGUCUGCUUGUAAUAAUCAGAACUUGGAGGACGUCUGGAUAAAAUUGAACAGACUCAUCAAACAUAAUGAACUGCCGUCUUGCAAUGCUACUAUCCAAAGAUCUGUGGGAGAGAUAUGGAUUUUCUGUGAUAUAUUAUACUGUGAAUAUGUUAGAAAUAUUCUUAGGGAGAAGCUGAGUCUUACUGAUAAAAUGAAUUUACUUGUACAUAAAUUUGGAAUUAUAUUUAGUUUAUAAAUGUACAAUAGUUUCAUAAUAAUAUGGCUGUGUGAAGUACUAGAGCUUUUAAGCAGCUUAUAAUAUAUAAACUUUAGAACAACUGACGAAUUAACAAGCAGAAAACUAUUUAAUAUAUUAUUUAAUAACUAUUUAAUAACUUGUUACAAUUUUUAAGCUGUAAUUUUUAAGCUGUAAUAAUAUAUUUGUUUUGCCAGAAAACUCAUGAAUGGUUCUAGUAAGAUUAGUACAUUUAUUUGGUUUAGUAUUCUGUUUUGUAGCUUUUGUCUACUUCAGUUGUCUAAAGGAAAAAAUUAAGUUUCCACACUUAAUUUUUCCAGAAAAGUAAAAAGUUCCCUUAGGACUUUACUUGUGUUUUUCUUGGCAUGACAAUCAUAUGUUAGAAUAAUAAUAGUUUAUUGUAGGCAUUACGUACCUUUUUGUAGUUUAAAUCUAAGGAUAUCUCUUAAUUUGGGUCAUUGACAUGUACUAUUAAACUUUGACUGAAUGCUAAACAUCCUGUAUUGACA